CGCAACUGGACGUUCUUUCGCUUUUACCGAGACUUUCACGUGUGCCCCAACAAAUUUCACCUAACAAUUUCUUCAUCUCUCUGUGUGUAUGUGUGUCUCUCUCAGUGUGUGCUUGUGCACUCGUGUUUAUUGUAGGGGCAUAACUUUAAACGGUUUUAUCAGUGCCGCAAGUGAUGCGUGAAUUUUGCCGGCAAAUUUCAGUGCAAAGUUAAGUCAGAAACAAAGUGCAAACAAAUUAUUUUCGAAAAAUUCCAAUAUUCAAUUUAUUGCAAAAAUAUUUGUGUUCUGUGGCAUGUUGAGCUUCGAAAUUUCUAAUCAACAACAAUUAAAGCGCUCUCGAAAUCUGCGCAAAUGAAUGCGGUUUAAUGCGGGGCAAUUGGCCCCCCGCGUCUUCCCCACCGCUCAACGCCUCCCGCGCAGUCACGACACGACACACGGCAAAAGCAGUAACACCAACAGCAACAGCAACAGCGACAGCAAUAUGAGGGUACUAAAUCAACAGCAGGAGCAGCAACGAGGAGCACCAGCCACGAGCAUGAGAACGCCGCCAGCGGAUGUGAAAUUCACUUUGAGGAUAUGAAAAUAGCACAUAAACGAGCCAUAACACAUGAGAACAAACGGAAGAGCUUAAAAGGAGUACAAAAUAACAGGCAACAAGAACAAGGCAGUUGGCGAAAACCGGCAGCUGGCAGCAACAACAAUCAACACAACAACAGAACAACAACACUGCCAGCCAAAAUAAAAAAAAAAAAACAAAGAAGAGAGCAACAAUAGCAACAACAACACAUGGCAACACACGAACACACACACGCAUAUCAGAGUUAAGCCCAAAGUCGCAAAAAGAAAGUGAAAGCCGAAAGAAGAAAACUGUAAACGACGCUUCGUGUAAACACUCAAAAGCUCGUUAAGAGAAUACAUCCUGGGCUGGCAGCCUACAUCGGUGUGUGUAUGUGCGAGUGUGUGCGUGUCACCAUGUACCGACGCCAACGACGCCGCCUGAGUAGCUUCAUCUCGCCUCAGACUGAACCUCAGCCAGGCCAUUGCCAUUGCCAUUGCAUAGUCGCAUAGUCGCGCUUCCGUUUCCGUCUACGCUCACUCGCCUCAUUUCCGCUGCGGCUGCAAUUAAGCGUGCUACUUUCCCUUCGUGCACCAACAAAAAUAACAAAAAAAAAAAAGCUGGAGAACACCAAAAAUAAUACACGACAAAUAAAAUGGACAGAAAGACUAACUUUAAUGAUGCGCUGGAUUACAUAUACAUAGCCAAUAGCAUGAACGACAACGCCUAUUUGAUAGCCGAGCCGCAGCGGCCGAAAGAUGAUGACGACAACAACAAUAGCAACAACAGCAGCAACGAUGAUGAGGACGAGGAUUUUGCCGGCGACGAUAACAACAACAAUCAUUACUAUAAUGAUGGCGGCGGCGAUACAGACUUUCGGAGCAUAAAUGCCGCCUCGGCAGUUGCUUCAACCACAACGACAACAACAACAGCAAGCUCACCGCUUGCCACAGCAGCGCUGGCGGCGGCAGCAGCAACUGCCUCGGUUGCUGCCGCAGCAGCACGCAUUACAGCAAAGGCCGCCCAUCGAGCGCUGGCCACAAGCAGCAGCAGUGGCAACGGCAAGGCAAUCGAACUGAUCGAUGUGGAUGGCAGUAAUGGGGUUUCUGUGGCUGCUGCAGCUGCUGCUGCCACGACGGACAAUAACUACACGAAUGUGGCAGUUGGCCUUGGCGCCAUGCUGUUAAACGAUACGCUGCUGCUGGAGGCAAAUGAAACGGCUUUGAGCAUUUUUGGUGACUUGGUCAAUGGCACCGGGCAGCUGAUGAAUGCCAGCGGGGCAGUCAAUGUGACGGACAGCAAAGUGGAUGAAGAUGACUUCACGCAGCUGCUACGCAUGGCGGUCACAUCGGUGCUGCUUGGCCUGAUGAUACUCGUCACCAUAAUUGGCAAUGUCUUUGUGAUAGCGGCUAUUAUACUGGAGCGAAAUCUACAGAAUGUGGCCAACUAUCUGGUUGCCUCGCUGGCAGUGGCUGAUCUAUUUGUUGCUUGUUUGGUGAUGCCACUGGGUGCUGUCUAUGAGAUCAGCCAGGGUUGGAUACUUGGACCGGAGCUGUGCGACAUUUGGACCUCUUGUGAUGUGCUCUGCUGCACUGCAUCCAUAUUGCAUCUGGUUGCCAUCGCUGUCGAUCGCUAUUGGGCGGUUACCAACAUCGAUUACAUCCAUUCAAGGACCAGCAAUCGUGUCUUUAUGAUGAUAUUCUGUGUGUGGUCCGCCUCGGUGAUUGUGUCAUUGGCGCCGCAAUUUGGCUGGAAGGAUCCAGACUAUCUGCAACGCAUCGAACAACAGAAAUGCAUGGUCUCACAGGAUGUGGCCUAUCAGGUAUUUGCCACCUGUUGCACAUUCUAUGUGCCGCUGCUCGUAAUUCUGGCGUUGUAUUGGAAAAUCUAUCAGACGGCAAGGAAACGCAUUCACCGCCGUCGACCGCGACCCGUCGAUGUGGCGGCCAAUAAUAAUCAGCCCGAUGGCAGCGCAACAUCCGAUACAAAGCUUAAUCGUCUGCGGCUACGUCUUGGCAGAUUCUCAAAGGCCAAAAACAAAAGCGGCAGUGCAUCGGGCAGCAGCGGAGGAGCUGGAGCUGGUGGCGGUGGAACCACAGCCUUGGGUCUGGUUGAGGGUAACUCGACGAACACUGUGAACACCGUGGAGGACACCGAAUUUAGCAGCUCAAACGUAGACAGCAAGAGUCGUGCCGGCAUUGAGGCGCCCAGCACAUCGGGCAGCCAAAUAGCCACCGUCUCUCACCUGGUAGCCUUGGCUAACCAACAGCACGCCAGCAGCACCAAACAACAGAAGGCAGCUAGCAGUGGAGGAGCAACAGCAGCAACAGCAGCAGCAGCAGCAGCGUCAGCAAAUGUUAAUGGCAGCGAGUUGGAAGAGCGAUUAGAGGAAGAGCAGCAGGAUGAUGCAAUGGCAACCACAACCGCAACAUCAGCAGCAGCGGAGGCAACGGCAACAGCAACGGCGACGGCGGCGACGGCGGCGACGGCUGCAGCAACAACGCCAAGCAAGGCCAAUGGCAGCAGUCAUGGCGCUGGUGGUGUGGAAGUGCUCGAGGAUCCGCAGCUGCAACAACAGCUCGAACAGAUGCAGCAGCUACAAAAAACUGCCAAAAGCGGCGGCGGCGGUGGUGGAGGCGCCAGCACAUCAAAUGCCACAACAAUUACAUCGAUAUCAGCGCUCUCGCCACAAACACCAACAUCACCAGCCAUUGCAGCCGCCGCUGCUGCCGCCGCCGCAGGUCCGAUGACAGCAAAGACCAGCACAUUGACAAGCUGCAACCAAGCACAUCCGUUGUGCAGCUCGGCCAAUGCCUCCGGUUCGGUAACGCCAGAGCCUCGCACCAAGCAGCCACAGCAAACAGCAUCAUCUCACCAGCAACCACAGCAACAGCAGCAGCAGCAGCAGUUGUCGAGCAUUGCGAAUCCCAUGCAAAAGGUGAACAAGCGCAAGGAGACGCUGGAGGCGAAACGUGAACGCAAGGCAGCCAAAACAUUGGCCAUCAUCACUGGCGCCUUUGUGGUAUGCUGGCUGCCCUUCUUCGUGAUGGCGUUGACCAUGCCGCUGUGCGCCGCCUGCCAAAUCAGCGACAGUGUCGCCUCCCUCUUCCUUUGGCUGGGCUACUUCAAUUCCACACUCAAUCCGGUCAUCUAUACGAUAUUCAGCCCCGAGUUCAGACAGGCCUUCAAGCGCAUCCUCUUUGGCGGACACCGACCCGUGCACUAUCGCAGCGGGAAGCUCUAGAUAGUGCAUGCGAAGAGGCGAAGAAGGCGCUUCUGUUAAAAUUGCGCACGAUCUUGCCUCUUCGGUGGCACUACAACAACAACUGUAACAAUAACUAAGUCCACAACAACAACAAGAACAACAAAGAUACAUUUAAAACUUGAAGCGUGUAUACCAAGGAUUAGUUUAAGCGGCCAGCAACAAACACAUGAUCAUUAUUGAAGCAUACUUUUAGGCUUAGGUUUUAAGUGAUGUAAAUACGUUCGGCUAAAUGUGGUUAAAUUAAUUAUAAUAAUAAACUAUAAUCUGUAUUGUACACAAAAGUCAGCAUUUAGGAUUUAAUAUAAUUUAAUUGUAAUUGCCAAUGUGGGAACUGUUUUUUUUUUGACUAAAAUCAGCAGACAAAACCAACUAAGUACUAUAAAUACAUACAUAUAAUCAAAAUACCAAAGUGUAAGAAUUAGUCGUAAAUUUUAGCAACUUAAGUGCAAAAUACUUAAUACUACUUAUAGUGUAUUCAACUUCCAAAAACUAUGCAUGUGUUUUCAAAUUUAAAUGUGUAAAUUAUCCAUUUAUAGCUCUAGCUAACAAUUUAUCCCCAAAAAUUGGAAUUGAGAAUGAAUUGGGGAAUCGGGAUUGGGGAUAUAAAUAUGUAGGAAAAUGAGUACCAAUGGCAUUUGGAAUCGUUAUAACUGAACCGAUUACACAUACUGAACACUAUGAUAUAGCGCCCCCCUUAUAAUUAAUAGAUAAUUAACUAUAGAACUUACAUAAAACUAGUGUGAAAUUUAAGUGUGUAUAAAACCAAGUAGAUAUUAAGGGGCACAACCUAAACUAAAUUUGUUGACUAUUAAUGGCUAUUAGGAUAAAAUUUAUUGUAAAAUUGACAAAAUCUCUAUAUAUACUAUAUGAUGAACGUGUUUAAAUACAAUUUAAACGUAUUGUUAAUGCAAAUUCUAGUUAAAUUACAUAAGAAAAUAAACAAAUUGUUGUAUUAUUAAAGCUAAGCAAGUUGGUAAAUAUGUCAAGGAUUUCUUUGAAUAUGUUAAAUAAAAAAUAAAAAAAAAACAUUUAGAUAUAAAUUGCUUAAAGGGUGCGAAACAUACUGUAUAACAUUAAUGUAAAAACUAAUAACAACAACAUAAAACCACAAUGUAUUAUUGAAAAGCAAACUACUUUCGGGAUAAAUGGGUAAAAAGUAAUUAGCAAAAAAGAAAUUCACAACAAAUAAUAUCACGCAGUAAAUACUAUUAUAAAUACUAAACAUACAUACAUAUGUUAGUUAAUGAUCGAUUUAAGUAAGUGGAAAACAAUAUCACAAUGAAAAAUCAAAUCUUUUACUACCCUAAUAUUUAAUAAAACCCAAAAAACGAACAACAUAGUAUUCAAAAUUAAGAAAACGAACAUUUCUGAAUAAACUUAAAGCAGAAACCAUAAACUAGCAUUGUAA